GAGUCAUCCCACCUGACCAGAAAAGUAAUUCCACCUGACCAGAGCGUAUCUCUUCUCCUCGUGACGGACCACGGUAGCAGUCACCAUGUCGCCACGUCUGCUGAUGGCCUGUGUGCUCAGCUUGUUUGCGUCUUCGGUCAUGUGCGUUGAGAGGGGCUUGUGGAAGAGAAAUGGCACGGGUUGCUUCCGCUUCUUCAGCAUGCCCAGAUGUUGGUAUCAGGCCGAGGAUCACUGUGUCCAAGAGGGUGGUCACCUGGCCAGCUUACACGCACACCACGAGGUGGUGUUCUUGAAUGGCCUUAGCGAGGGCUCCGCGAACACAUGGGUGGGAAUGCAUAUCGACUGGUACCGCUAUUGGCUUUUCUGGUGGAGGAAGUCCCUUUCUUUUACUGACGGAAGCUCUGUGGACUUCCUCGACUGGGAUCCCGAGCCAUGGCACCAUAAAUGCAUUGUGGUGAGAGGGAACCGAUUUCUCACCGACAUGGAUUGCGGCAAAGCCCUGCCAUUCAUCUGUCAAAAAGGCCAUGGCUCCCCUUAUCCUACCUGUACAUGUCCUGCGUGCACCUGUGAUAAGUGUCCUUGUCCCAAGUUGGAGUGUCGUCCUUGUAGUUGUCCUGAGUGUCAUUGUGCUACUUGUCCCCCUCCUACCACCUGUCCUCCUGUCCCCCGUCUGACCUGUCCGACUAAUCCUCCUAUGACUACCUGUCCCAGUCUUCCCACGUGUCCUCCUCCCCAGCUGCCAACAUCAGGACCAGGUAAUGUCACGCACUGGAGUGAAAACUCUUCUCUGACGCACAUGUCUGAUGACGCGGAAGGUCCGGGCCUACUCCUUUUGGCGCCUCAUCCGGAUGGAUUCAGAGUUGACCUUUUGGGGCUGCUCGGUGUGGGCAGCAGCAUCGCCAUCAGAGGACAAGUCAUAUGGAUGGCCGAAGAGUUGAUGUUCGAGCUGGUCGCGGUCAACGACACUGCACUGCUCCUGGUCUUUCCCGUGAAAGACGAAAAGAUUCUUCUGACCGCCGACCUGAAUGGGACCAAAAACAUCGAGGAGAAAGAGUCCAUCUCUUUCCUCUUUGGACCUGGACACGACUUUGAGGUGAUCAUCCGGUGCCACGUCGACCGCUUCCACCUGAGCGUCGACGGCGCCCAGCAGUUGGAGGUCGUGAACUGGGUUGGAGACCCGCAAAGCAUCACGGCACUAACGAUCGGGGAUACCCUGUUGCUGAAGGACGUGAGGCUGAAAUGAUGUGACCGCCGCGGCCAGAUCGGAAGCCCCACUUUCUUCAAUCGACAUAUUGUCUAUGGGGGGUUUCUUGACCGAUAAUCUGCACGAGUCCAUGUUUGGUUGCUGUGGAACAAAUGCACUUCAAAAAAACCUGAGCAUUGCAUGUGUA